CAUCAGCUGCUUCACCUGCCACGGCUAACGAGAUUCCCCUCGUUAAGUCCUCUCAGGGCUAAUCUGCACGAAGCGUGGAGCAGAAGAGGACUGGAGUGUGUGGAGCUUCAUCAGGACUCCCUGCAGACACAAACAACAUGUAAACCUGAAACCAUCCGUCCAGUUUGUCCUUGUGUGGUUUCCUCUGAUUCAUGUGUUUGUAGCCUUUAGUGGACAGAAAGCGUCCUUGUCCUUGGCAGCUCUGAGUUACGGCUCACGCCGAGUCUGAGGUAACAUGAGCGAAGGAGAACGUCGUCAUCCGUCCAGGAAGUAGCCUGCGCCGCCGUCGUCAUGGAUACCGUGGUGCGGGUGAAGAAGUCUCUGAAGACGCCCAUCAGGAAGCUGAGCAGCUGCGUGUCGGGGCUGAAGGACGGGAAGUCCGGUUCCAAACGGAGGAGCAGCCGGAGUCGGAGAGGAGCCGGAGGACGAGCAGGAACCAGGAAGGUUCCUCAGACCAGAGAUCAGCCGGUGAUCCGGUCCUACCAGGCCGACCUGGACAAGGAGAGGCAACUCCGUGAAGCGACGAACGCUCAGAAAAAUGCUGAACGAGCCGCCAUGAGAGCUCACUUCAGAAGGAAAUACCAGCUGUCUGAGAACUCAAAGGACACGAACCACCUGAGGUCUGUGGGAGGAAAAGUGUUGCUGCCCGGAGAUCUUUCCAGGAUCAUUCAUCCCGACGGCUCCAAGGAUGACGGCUUCGACCUGCUGGCUGCCUUCAGAGGCCUCGGCUUCGGGAGGCCGACGCCGGCAGCCGGACGGAACUGUAAGGUCAUGAUCCUGACCUGCUAUCUGGAGUCCUGCAGAGAUAAAGAACAUUCAAGGCUGAGGCUGCAGGAGGGAACUCGUCAGUCCUGGACCAGACAGCAGCGGCUCCGGACCAUGAGGAGAAUCCGAGCCUCCGGAUCCGUGGCUUUAGGAGUCAAACGGGGUUUUUGUGUCGCUGCCGCCGUGGAGGACGGCAAAGUGAAGGUUGGAGAUGUUAGGAAGGGCCGGGUGAGGAGCUUCCAGGAGAUCCCUCACACCGGACGCAGCGGCUGGGUCAACCUGCUCCGGUUCUGGAGGGAGGACCGCUUCAGGCAGCUCCACAAACACAUGGAGAGAACCUUCAGCGCCCUGGGCCCCAUCUACAGGGAGAACGUAGGAACCCUGAGCAGCGUCAACAUCCUGCUGCCAGCCGACGUGGCCGAACUCUUCCAGUCUGAAGGUCUCCAUCCCCGAAGGAUGACGCUGCAGCCGUGGGCCACGCACCGCGAGAUCCGCCAGCACAGCAAAGGAGUCUUCCUCAAGAACGGGGAGGAGUGGCGAUCGGACCGCCUGCAGCUCAAUAAGGAGGUGAUGAUGAGCGGCGCCGUGCAGCGUUUCCUGCCACUGCUGGAUGAGGUGGCGAGGGAUUUCUGCCGGAUGCUGCAGGUCCGGGUGGAGAAGGAGGGGCGGAGCCUCACUAUGGAUCCCAGUCCGGACCUGUUCAGAUUUGCUCUGGAAGCCAGCUGUCAUGUGAUCUACGGAGAACGAAUCGGUCUUUUCUCUUCGUCUCCGUCCCUGGAGUCCCAGAAGUUCAUCUGGGCGGUGGAGCGAAUGCUGACCACCACCCCUCCUCUGCUCUACCUGCCCCCCCGGCUGCUGCUCUGCCUCAGCGCCCCCCUGUGGACGCAGCACGCCACCGCCUGGGACCACAUCUUCAGCCACGCCGAGGCCAGGAUCCAGAGGGGGUACCAGCGCCUGGCGUCCUCCCAGGGUGGAGGCUUUGUGGCUGGGGCGGCUGGAGGCCAGUACCCCGGGGUCCUGGGGCAGCUGAUGGAGAAAGGGCAGCUCUCUCUGGACCUGAUCAAAGCCAACAUCACCGAGCUGAUGGCCGGAGGCGUGGACACGACAGCAGUUCCCCUGCAGUUCGCUCUGUUCGAACUCGGACGAAACCCGGAGGUUCAGGAGAAGGUGAGGCAGCAGGUGAGGACGUCCUGGGCUCAGGCUGGUGGAGACCCUCAGAAGGCCCUGCAGGGGGCGCCACUGCUGAAAGGAACCAUCAAAGAGGUGCUCAGGCUGUAUCCGGUUGGAAUCACCGUGCAGCGAUAUCCGGUCAAAGACAUCGUCCUGCAGAACUACCACAUCCCUGCUGGGACCAUGGUGCAGGCCUGCCUCUACCCCAUGGGCCGGAGUUCGGAGGUGUUCGAGGAUCCUCUGCGGUUCGAUCCGACCCGGUGGAGCAGCGGCAGGGAGGAGGGCCGCAGAGCCGAAGGAUCCGGCUUUAGGUCGCUGGCGUUCGGGUUCGGAGCGAGGCAGUGUGUCGGCCGGAGGAUUGCUGAGAACGAGAUGCAGCUUUUCCUGAUGCAUAUGUUGCUUAGCUUCCAUCUCAGCAUUUCGUCCUCGGAGGAUCUGAAAACCACGGUGACGCUCAUCCUGCAGCCGGAGACGCCGCCCAGGAUCACCUUCAGCCGGCUCAGCGGCGCCCCCAUCUGACCAGUUUAACUCCAACAUCUACCCUGUGGACAAGAGGAGUCAGAGUCGUCCUAGUCCAGAUUCCACAUCCAGUCCAGUCUGAUCUCCAGUGGACCGGACCAGUAAAACCAGUAAAACAACAGCAUAAUAACCUGUAAAUAACCACAACUCCUAAUGGUUCCUAAUGUUCACAUUUAAGGAAUUAUCUUUUUACUAAACAUCAUGAACAACCUGACAUUUCUGAAGAAAAAUAAAUUCAGUUUCAUUAA